CGGCAUUUUCUCUGCUGAUGGAACAAACUGGAAUGAACUGGGUAAUCCCAUAUGACAGAGAAAGGGAGAGGAGACUUGAAAAAAUGAGAAGAAAUUAAGGAAAUAAAAGAAGUGAAGUGCGGAAUAGAGUUGAUAAAGUCGGUCCCGCUGAGUGUCUUUUGCGGUUACCGCGCGCUACCGCGUAACAAAAGAGCUGAAUCUUUGAACAGAUGGUGUGUGUGUGUAUUUAGUAUUUCCGUGCCGCUUAUUAUCCGACAUGUGAUGUAGUUCGCCUAUAGUUUAUGCUGGCAGUUACGAUGUUUAGUUUCUCUUCCUUUCUCUUCUUUAUCCGCAUCCACCGUUUCAAGCUACAUUCAGGUAUAUAAAGCGUCGGUCGUCGCUGUUCCAGGACAUACCCACUUCCAGCUGCUGAGCAAGCUACAGCAACCAUGGCAAUCAGUCGCUCUGUACUUUUCGUGUUUUGUCUUAUGGUGGCUGUUAAUUUAGCUGAAAUCAACCGUGAAAAAAGAUCGCCUGAUGGACAUGGACAUCAUGGACACCAUGAUCACGGACACGAUCACGGGCAUGGUGCUCCGAUUCACACUCCCGAUGUAGGAGCAAAUUUUGGUAGUGCUCCUUCACCUUAUCAGACGCUACCUGUUCAACAGCACGAGCAUCAUCACGAACCAGCUCACGAAGCACAACCUGCUCAACACCACGAACAUCAUCACGAAACGGCUCACCAAGCCCCACCAGCUCAACAGUCGUAUGAUCAGCAGUCGUUUUCAGUUGAACCAGCUGCUCCCACGUACGACAACCAGCCGCCCGUCCCGUCCUUCGAUGCUCAUCAAACUGCUCCUUCAUCUGAUGCCCAACUAGCACCCCAACAAUCUUUCUUUAAUCCUCCAGCUGCUGAAUUCAAUGCUCCUGAAUACGCACCGUCUGGACCUCAACCGCAUGAAGCCCAAGCAGGACAUUCUAUCGCCCCUCCUGUUCCAGCGUACAACCCUCCACCUCCGCCAGCAUCGUCACCACUUCCUUCUCAGUCUUAUCAAGCUCAACCAGCCCAACAAUACUACAAUCCUCCGGCUCCUGCAGCCCCUCAAUCCUACAAUCCUCCAGCUCCUGCGGCUCCACAAUCUUACAAUCCUCCAGCCCCUGCAGCCCAACCAUCUUACAAUCCUCCGGCUCCUGCAGCUCCACAGUCGUACAAUCCUCCAGCCCCUGCAGCUCCUCAGUAUAAUCCUCCUGUUGCCCAAUACAAUCCUCCUGCUUCCCAGUACAGUCCACCAGCUCCUUAUUCCCCACCAGUUCAAUCUUAUGAAGCCCCUCAACAAUCUUAUGGGGCCCCUAAAGCCAAGAAACCCAAGGGUGGUUAUGGUGCCCCAAAGGCCCCCAAAGCUCCUAAAGCUAAGAAGCCUAAGGCCGGUUACGGAGCGCCAAAGGCCAGCAAGAAACCAAAGUCCAGCUACGGACCUCCUCAACAGACGUACGGAGCCCCAGCUCCUUCUUACCAAGCACCGGCUUAUUCGGCUUCAGCUCCAGUUUAUGCUCCACAACAGCCAUCCUAUCCUCCUCAAGUUCCACAAGCUCCACAGCAGUCAGCGUAUCCUCCACAAGCUCUGCAACAACCAGUGUAUCCCCGUCAACCUCAACAGGCUCCACAACAGCCAGUUUAUCCUCCCCAAGUUCGACAGCAACAAAAUGGCCGCUAAACAUUUUAAUCGAGUUGGCUGGCUGACUCUUUCUUCAUCAUCAUCGAGCUUUUAAAAUGCUGAUCAUUUCCUUCGCGCAAUUACAGUUCUUCGCUUAAUUUUUCCCCCAAAGCCAUUUAAAACUGACUAUUAUAAUCCAGUUGUUAUUCGUUCACUCGAGUAUUUGCUUCAACUUCUACUGAAUAAAUCAACAAAAGAAGAGAA